AUGAAAGUUUUCCACAUCAACUGGACAUCAUGGGAAAAUCAUUACAACUCCAGCAACAUGAUCUUCAGCGACAGCGAGAGAAGAAACAACACUGAUGAGAACUCUGGUGGUUACAGUGGAUUCUUAGACUGGAUAAAUUUCAUCACCAUUGGGAUUGGACUUCCUUUGACUCUGAUGCUCAUAACUGCAGUUUUUUUGCAGCUGAGAAAGGAUCAGGGAUCUCCAGUCUACAUCAUCAACCUUUUCAUUUCUGAUCUCGUUCAGCUCUGCAGCAGAAUUCCUAUGAGUUUGUCUAUGGAUGAUGUCAUCCCUGGUUUCUUCUGUAUAUGGGGAAUAUUAGUCAGUGUGGGAUUCAUGAUGUGCAUCUCAGUAGAAAGGUAUCUGGUCAUUGCCAAAGCAGUUUGGUACAAAUUCAGGAGAAACAGGAAAACAUCUGUUGUGGUCUGCAUUGUGGUCUGGGUCCUUCCUCUUCCUUUAUUGCUAGCUAUUCAAUUCAAUCCAUACAUGGAGAUAUAUGGAUACAUCUUGACAUUUAUUUUCCUCCUUCCCUUCCCCUUGUUCAUUUUCUUCUUGUUUGGAACCAUCAAAGCUCUGUCUGGAGCUCACAGAGUUCCUGCUGAUGAGAAAAGAAGAAUUGUAGCGAUUCUGGUUGCAGUGCUGCUUAUUUACACAAUACUUUUCUUGCCCAUCAUCAUUUUGUUCCUGGUAGACGACAGUUUGACUCUUCAGACUGUGGGUACUAUUGGUAUUUACAUGAGUCCUCUUGCAGACACCAUUUUGUAUUUGCUGAUUCGAAAAAGCCUUCUGGACAAAGUUUUUGCUUCAUUGUGUUUCUGUAAAAUGUCUAAUGGUCAGGAGAUGAGCAGCAUGGAAAAUGACAACAUGAUUGCUCCAAGCACUCACUCUGUUUGA